CCAUCAGUCAGCGCUCGACGCUCGUCCAAGUCACAACUCUUUCUUUUUCUCCGUAUAGCUCGAAAAUCAGCCAGAAGCAAAGAUGUGCGACCCCAAGGAUGUCGUUAUCGUGUCAGCUGUUCGCACCCCUAUAGGUUCCUUCUGUGGCUCGCUAUCAUCGCUGAAGGCAUCGGAUCUUGGCAGCAUUGUAAUCAAGGAAAGCUUGGCCAGAGCCAAUUUGAAGCCUACCGAUGUCUCCGAAGUGAUAAUGGGACAAGGACUGACGGCAGGACAGGGGCAGAAUCCAGCGAGACAGGCUUCCAUACAAGCUGGUCUUCCUAUUACUGUACCAGCUUAUCUUGUCAGCAUGUUGUGUGGAUCAGGCCUCAAGUCUAUUAUGAAUGGUUACCAAGCAAUCAAGAGUGGGGAGAGCGAAGUAAUUGUGGCUGGUGGACAAGAGAGCAUGAGUAAAGCUCCUCACGCAAUUCAUCUUAGAGAUGGAGUAAAAAUGGGUGAUGCAACAAUGGUUGAUACCAUGCUGGUUGAUGGCCUUACUGAUGUUUUCAACAAUAUUCACAUGGGUGUUACUGCUGAAAAUCUGGCUAAAAAAUAUGCUAUUAGCAGAGAGGAGCAAGAUGAAUUUGCUGCCCGAUCUCAACAUAAAGCUGAAAUUGCGAUGACUAAAGGGUACUUUGACAAAGAAAUCAUUCCAGUGCCUGUGACAAUUCGAAGAAAAACGACCAUUGUAUCCAAGGAUGAAUUCCCAAAACCAGGUACAACUGCAAAAGAUCUUGCAGGAUUGAAACCUGUGUUUGUCAAAGAUGGAACAGUAACUCCUGGCAACGCGUCAGGAAUAAACGAUGGAGCGGCAGCGGUUGUUCUAAUGUCAAGCGAGACUGCCACUAAAAAAGGACUAAAACCAAUGGCCCGCAUAGUCGCGAUGACCGUGGUUGGCCUCGAGCCCGAUAUCAUGGGUUACGGACCCGUUCCCGCAGUCGAAUUACUGCUCAAAAAAGCCCAAUGGAAGAAGGAAGAGGUAGACUUAUUUGAAUUGAAUGAAGCCUUUGCUGCUCAAUCCAUUGCAUGUGAACGCAAUCUUGGAGUAGAUCCUGAAAAAGUUAAUAUUAGUGGCGGAGCUAUUGCUCUUGGUCACCCUAUUGGUGCUUCAGGUGCAAGAAUUGUCGUGACCUUGCUCUACUUGCUGGAAAGAACAGGAGGAAAGAAAGGUGUUGCAUCCCUUUGUAUAGGUGGAGGUAUGGGUAUUGCUAUUGCUGUUGAGAGACUUUAAGAACUGCCAAUGUCAGUGUAAGCAAUCAUUUACCGAGAAUAGGCUAAUACCUCAAUUGUAUUAUAAAAUACCAUAGAUGAUUAUAUAUAUAUAUAUAUAUAUAUAUAUAUAUAUAUAUAUAUAUAUAACCUGUCAUGGACGUUUUUGCUUGUUGACAAAUAAUUUUACUAAACUGAUUUGCAAAGCCUACAUUUAGUAUUUUAAUACUUUUCUAAAUGAUAACGUACAAGACAAUAAACCGUUGCAAGUAACUUUUAUAAAAUCCUAAGGCAUAGAUAAAGUGUGCCUAUAUUUGUAGCUGAGUUAAAUUUUAUCUUUGUUGAUUGCUACUUCCUGUAAAUGUGUAUAUUAAAAAAAGAACAGUAUUUUAUAAAAAAAUAAAAAUUGUUACUCAAAG